AUGCCACCAGUUCAACAGGUUUAUGCUGCUCAGCAGCCAUCUAAUUGGGAUAAGUUCAAGAUGGGACUUAUGAUGGGUACAGCAGUUGGUGUUUGUACAGGUGUACUAUUUGGUGGAUUUGCCAUCGUUACACAGGGACCCGGUCCUGAUGGAUUUGUUAGAACGCUGAGUAAGUACAUCGCAGGUUCAGCAGCUACCUUUGGGAUGUUUAUGUCCAUUGGAUCAGUCAUUAGAAGUGAUGGUGAAUCUGCGCAACAUUCACUAACAGCCGGUAAACAGUUUGAACUACAACAAAGAGCAAAAUUUGAAAUUUGGAAAGUGCGUAACAAUUAUGGUUUCAUGAGCCAUCGUGAUGAUUAG